AUGCCCCGCAAGCGCGAAAGAACAGUCAAAGGAUCCUGCUGGCCCUGCAAACAACGCCGAGUAAAAUGUGACCUGACCCGCCCAUACUGCCGACGAUGCACCGGCUCCGGCGCAACAUGCAGCUUCAGCAAAGUCAACGUGCGAUGGAAUGCGCGUCCCACAAAAUCAGCGCCAGCCGCCUAUCAAAAUUCGACUACCCUAAGGGGUACACCGCGAGAUAAGCCUAUGCAUGAUCCCCGCGUGACUGGCGAUACAAUGAAAGCGCUUUCGUAUUUCGAGUCUGCUAUUUGGCCGCUUUUCAUGACCACGCCGCAUCCGUGUCCGUCGCCUAUUUCGCUGGCGCUGGAUUUUGAGCCAGUUCUGUUGUCGAUUUGUGGGCUUGCGGCGUCGCAUCGAAGAAUGAUUGAGAAUCAACCGGACGGUACGACGAAUUUGCUUACGGAUGAACGGACGGAUUGUCUGUCAAAGGUUCGGGAGAGGUUACAGUGUUAUGGCUCUGAUCCGGAGAUUUUACCGAGACUGUUGGUUGCGGUGUUAUUUCUUUAUAUUGAGGAUGGGUUUAUUCGGUGCGAGGAGCAAUCUGCUUCGACGAUUAGCCAUCAAACGGGGGCCCAUGCGAUCGUGGAGCAUUUGGGUGGGCUUGAGAAGUUGAUCGCGGAGUCUAAGAGCGAUGUACCGCAUAUGCUGCUUUCGGUUUUCUCUUCUACAGAUCUGACGCGCGCGUUGCUGGAUGACACCGCUCCGUGUUUCCCGGCGAGAGUGUGGAGGCAGAUGGAGCGUGGGACCGUGUGGUGGGAACGACAGCCACUAGGCGUACCAUAUGGAAUGAGCUUGGCUCUAAUAUUCGAGAUAAUGACGGAGAUGGCAGCAUACAGAGAGUCAAUCAAGGGCAAAGAGAAACUUUGCAUCGAUCAAAUCCGAGAUUUUGAACGUCGCCUUCAACCCGGCUUCUCGGUGAUCGAGCCAAACCACCUGGACCGGCCAGAGCAGGGACUCCUUUCUAAUGACGAUCUUAAAAAUGUAAAUGCCAGCCAGACGGUCUCGUUUGCGAAGACGUUCCAACAUACUGCGCUGAUUUAUCUUUAUCGUGCUAUCUGUGGUCUGCCGGCGAGGCAUCAUCUUGUCCAGCAGCAUGUUACUUCCUGUAUGGAGACUAUUCAGGCGAUUAACCCCAAGUCAAAAGUGCAUAAUUGCAUCGUGUUUCCAGUUUAUGUGGUGGGAGCACAUAUCUUUACUGUUUCGCAGCAGAUGCAGAUUUUGGAGAGACUGAAUUGCAUUCUUGAUGCGUUGCAUUUUAAUUCGUUGUUGAAUAUUCGGAGAUCGCUUGAGCAGAUCUGGGCUGAAGAGAGGAGUGAGCGGAGUUGGAAGGACAUGUUUGUGUCUUUGGGGGAAAAUGUAUUAGUUUUAUGA